UCCAUCAUGGCGGAGUCCUUUUGAAAACAAGUGCGAAUAAGAUGAGUGAAAAUUAACAAAGUGUGACAAUUUCUGAAGAUAAAGCACUGGUUUGCGUCGGAAUUGUUGAAAAAACUUAUAUUUUCCUAGAUUUGGAAACGAUCAUAUUUACGACAAUGCCGGCUGCUUGUGAUUCACUGGUGGAUGACAUUGAAGAUAUGGUAUCGGCACACGAUCCCAAGCCUCACGAUCGACAGUUUGCGAGGAAGAACAUUGUGCCAAGAUCCAGAAAGAGAAAUCAGCAGCAAAAUACCGAAGAUCUACUUGUUGACAGUGUUAUUCCUGGGACACAAAAGGUCUGGAUGAAGACAUGGGGCUGCUCCCACAACAGCUCAGAUGGAGAAUACAUGGCUGGCCAACUUGCUGCAAGUGGAUACAAAAUGACAGAGAAUCCAUCUGAGGCUGACUUGUGGCUUCUGAACAGCUGCACCGUGAAAAACCCAGCAGAAGACCAUUUCAGAAACUCAAUCAAGAAAGCUAAAGAACAAAAUAAAAAGGUGGUGGUUGCAGGAUGCGUUCCUCAGGCUCAGCCCAGAAUGGAAUACCUCAAAGGCCUGAGUGUUAUUGGGGUGCAGCAGAUCGAUCGUGUGGUGGAGGUUGUGGACGAGACUAUUAAAGGUCACUCCAUACGCCUGUUGGGUCAGAAAAAGGAUAAUGGAAAACGGUUGGGGGGCGCUCGAUUGGAUUUGCCGAAGAUUAGGAAAAACCCACUGAUAGAAAUCAUUUCCAUCAAUACAGGUUGUCUUAAUGCCUGCACCUACUGCAAAACUAAACAUGCACGAGGGGACUUGGCAAGCUAUCCAAUAGAGGAGCUGGUAGAGAGAGCGCAACAGUCCUUUUUGGAGGGUGUCUGCGAGAUCUGGUUGACCAGUGAAGACACAGGAGCCUAUGGAAGAGACAUUGGCACAGAUUUGCCGACUCUGCUGUGGCAGCUGGUGGAAGUGAUACCUGAGGGAGCCAUGUUGAGACUGGGCAUGACAAACCCUCCUUACAUAUUGGAGCACCUGGAAGAAAUGGCAAAGAUCCUCAAUCAUCCCAGGGUGUACGCCUUCCUUCACGUACCUGUCCAGUCUGCUUCUGACAGCGUUCUGAUGGACAUGAAAAGAGAAUACUGUGUGGCAGACUUCAAACGGGUAGUCGACUUCUUGAAAGAAAAGGUCCCAGGAAUAACUAUUGCUACUGAUAUUAUCUGCGGUUUCCCGGGUGAGACAGAUGAAGACUUUAAAGAGACCAUGGAGCUAGUAAACGAAUAUAAAUUCCCCAGCCUCUUCAUCAAUCAGUUCUACGUUAGACCUGGAACCCCAGCAGCUAAGAUGCAGCAGGUCCAACCCCAAGUGAAAAAGCAAAGGACAAAAGAACUCUCUCAACUGUUCCAUUCAUAUAACCCUUAUGAUCAUAAGAUUGGGCAGAAACAACACGUUUUGGUCACGGAAGAGUCCUUUGAUGGCCAGUAUUAUGUUGCUCACAAUAAAUUUUACGAGCAGGUUUUGGUGCCAAAAAUUCCUGAGUUCAAAGGCAAGAUGAUAGAAGUGGAGAUUUAUGAAACAGGAAAGCAUUUCAUGAAGGGACAGCCAUUUGGCAAUGCCAAGGUCUUUACCCCUUCAAUUGCCAAGCCUCUAGAGAAGGGAGAGGUCUCUGGAUUGACCACUUGCACCACAGCUAUUCCAGUCACCUUGAUAGAAAGUGCCUUUACCUAUUGUGUCAAACCAAAGAACUCAUUAUGCUGGUGUCUGUGGUUCAGCACAGAUUCUCUGAAAAGGAAAAAGGAUGUUUCACAUACACUUACAAAUGAGUUCACAACUCUCCGUCAAAAUAGCAGCAAUAGUAAGCCAGACCUGCAUUCUCCAGAGCUUCUCUGUCAGACAUGGACACUGAGUGGAUUUGGCCUAAAGCUGGUGUCUGUGGGACUGGCUGUGUUUGCAGUGAUUGUAGCCUAUGCAAUGGAAAAAUUAUAUUAAAAUAAAAAGCUGAGAAAUUUGCCCACAGAGAAAUAUGCUUCCAGCAUUGCUAGGAUGGUAACAUUUUUGGUUUGUCAAGUCUGGAUAAUUUCAUAAAUGGAGCUCAAAGCAGGUGAAUAAUGCUUUUGUUCAGAAUUUUUUUUUUAAGCCCUAAAACUUAUGUUUACUUUUUUAAUGUAAUAAAUGAAGGGUUACAAGGACUUUGAGAUAAAAUGAUAUUACUGUUCUGUAAGUGUUGCAAACAGUUUAUUAAGCAGUGUUUGCUACCUCUUGUUUUUUUUUAAAUCAUGCCAUCGAUUUAUUUUAAAAAAAUCUGUUAUAACAUCAGUCUAGCAUUGAAACAUGUAUGCUUUUAUCUGUAUAGGAUUUCAUUUUAAAAGUCAGGGAUUUUAUUUCCAGGAUUCUACAACACCUGCUUUGUUUCUCCUGUGUUAUUUUUUCCUUGUUGUUCACUGCAUAAGAAACCUUAAUAAAAUAUAUUCUUCUCAAUCUUUUUUUUAUGUCAGGAGUAAUCUUUAUAGAAUGCUCUGCUUGCAGUACUGAUGCAAGAAGGGGGGUGGUUAUUUUCUUUUUAUUUCAGUCUGUUUGUAGUUAUGUCUCCUAUAUGGGAACUGGAUGUAUAAUAUUUGUGACAAUUUGUGUAUGUUACAUUGUGCAUGUGUAUGUCUUUCUGUCAGCUUGGAUGUGUUUAUAUGUGUCUCUGUGCCUGUAAACAAGCAGUUGCAAUUUGGUGGAAAUACAAUACCUAGGUUGGUGGGACACACAUUUCUGAUGACAUGUUUUCUUCCAUCCCAGAAACCCUGCAAAACUGACAAGUUUUAUUUCUAGUUUCUGAAUGAAUUCAAAAGAUCUGUUAUGUACAAUAUAUAUUUUAGGCAAUUGUCAGAAAAUUAUAUAUAUAUUUGUUUUAAAGAAGAAACUAUUUUUUGUGCAAGAAAUUUCUUUCUGAACUUAUAGAAGGAUAGAAAAGCAGAGUUGUAACUGCAUUCUAGAAUUGAACUGUGUAUUUCUGUAUUGUGUAUAUAAUCUUUCAAAUGAGAACAUUGUUAUAACUUGAUUGUAAUAUUACAAAAUCAGAUUCAUAGAUAGCAUUCUGAUUUCAUUAUAUAUUCAUGUUUUACAUACAAUUCUGCUUCAUUAAGUAUCCACAGUAUAUUUCUUGGGUAUUCCACUAUAUUUUAUGUCUGUCAUGUAUCAUUGCUUCUUUCUUCAGUAUGUACAGUAUAGCUAUUGAGUGACUGAUGUGUAUAAUUUGUGUCUAGGAUUCAACCGUUCCUGUAGCUUGUAAAUGUCUUCAGCAUUUCUCUUUUACCUAACACAGCUUUUUCCCCAGAGUUAAGUCAAAUAUUUCAUCCAUUCUAAUGCUAUGACUUCUUUUAUAUUAUUAUAACUAAGCAUUUGAUUAAUGCUGUAUUCUAUAAAAAAAAACACUUUUAAAGAAGAUAAACAAUAUUUGUCAAGGCUAAAGAUCUUUGUAUUAUACUGGAUAAAAUUUAUCAAUGCACAAAGAAAAGCUACUAAUGGAUCACAAGCUCAGACUGGUAAUCGCAGUCAACAACUACAUUUGUUGUUGUGAUCACUCUAACCUUUUGUCCAAAGUAUUCUACAGGUUACCUUCACCCUAGAGUAUAACUGUAACCUCUAACUAAAAAAAAAGAAUGAGAUUAAUGUGUACAGUGUUACGAAUCAUGAGAACCUACAAGAAAAAUUGUAGCGUGAUGAAUCAUAGACUGUCACCAUUGACAGCACUGAACAACCAACCAAUAUAUCAAGGUCACAAUUCUGAAUAAAUUUAACCAAAGACAAGCAAGACACAUUAACAUGACUAACUAUGGGCAUUUUACCUGGUGUCACUCCCUGAAUGUCUACACUAUAAAUUGUUUUCUUAACAUGUGUUUUAGUAGUACUAACCAAAAAUAAGUCCCAAUAGAUUUAAUGUCAAAGUUUAUGGAAGGUCUUCAGAAGACGUUUUGUCUGUAAAUGUUCUCCUGGGGAAGCUUUGCCUAUUUAAAGAACAAAAACGGUCAGUUUUUAACCAUUUCACAGUAAUAUUCACAGUAAUAGUAAUAUUAGUAAAGCCUUUGUUUAUGAAAAGCUUCAACAAUCAGUAAAAAAAAAUCACUCAUUCAUUGUACGUUGGACACAUGCAUUCAUUGUAAAAACGUUUUUAUUUAGGUUUUUUAAACUUGCACUGAUAGCCUCACUAAAUAAAAUUAUUUUUUUAAGUAGCUGUUGUCCGCCAACAGUAUGAGUUUAUACAUAUUUCUACUGGCUAACUACAUUCCCCCAGUGAGUCAUAUCAGUAAAGGUCUGGGAAAAAUGUCUAAUGAUCAUUGUGCUACUGUAGCAUUCAAUAAUCAAAAUUGGUAGAAAAUCUCAUGGAGAACACUUGUUUCAUUGUUUCACUGAGAAGAGGAUUUGGUAAUAAGAGACAUUCAGGGAAAAAAGUAAAUGGAAGAAAAUAAUUUGAAAACGUAUUUCUUUUACAAAAAAAAUUAAGUAUUUUAAAUUAAUAUUCCAUAAAAUGUAUAGAUAGAAUAAGGUCUUAUGCCUGAAAAUAAUAAAAAAGUAAUUCUGUAAGUUUAAUGGAAUUGCACAGAGAAAACUCAUAUUUGUCAUAAAUGAUUAAUUUGCAUACAGAAAAUACAAACGUCACAUUUAUUCACACCCCUGUAGUUAGAAGUGUGUACAGUAAAUCCUCCUCUCUCAGAAUUUACAAUGAAAAGAUGCCUUCUGUAAUUUGUAGUAUUGUAGAGGUUUUGACAUUUCUGAUGGGGAACAUUUUGGCCAGUUCUCCAGAUAAGUAUUUCUCUAGAUCCUUUAGUUUCUGUUAUUAACAGUGCCUUCUUGAGUUAAUGUUAAUACAAGUGUUCAAUUAGAUGGAAAUCUGGAGAUGGUCAGUUAUUUUGGGAAAAUUAUUAUUUUUUAUUUGUUGAUCAAGCAUUUCUUAUGCUGUUAUUAGCACAUGGAACCAGGUGUUUGGACAGAAUGUACUGGUAUAUGUUGAAGGACAUUAUUCACUUGUUUUAAAAAGGGUUCUUUGAACCUUGGAUGCAACACAAUUGCAAAACAAACCUACAGCUAUAUUUCACAGUGGGCAUGAGUAUUUUCACAUUAUAAGAUUAAUCAUUUAUAUGCCAAACAUAACAAUAAUGCAGUAAAUCAAAUAGCUCAAUUUCCAUUUCUGUGGCACCAAGGAUGCCAACCAGUAGCCCUCAUUUUUUUAAUAAUGGACACUUCAGUAGAAAGAGGUAGAUUCAUCUUUUUGUGUAUUGUUUUAACUUGUGACAGUAGAUAACCAUUUUCCCGCUGUCUUCAGAGAGCUCUCUGACUUUUACCAUGAUGAUUCAUGCCACGUCUGAAUGCCUUCCAUGUGUUACCUGCUUUUAUACCCCAAGGGAAGUAGGAAAGUCUUGGAUGCUUCAAUAUAGUUUCAGAAGCUUUUAUUGCAAACAAAAGGGUAAUUUAUUACUAUAGGCCUAUUUUUUGUUUGAUUUUACGUAAAGAAACACUGAGUUGUAAAUCAACAUGACCCUUGUUUUUUCUUGAAAUUACAUAUUUAAAAUGCAAUGCUAUUGUGAUUGCAGUAUAAUAUUUUUAGAAUUGUUAGAUAUAUUAUACCAUCUGUAACUCAUUCUGUUCUAUGAUGUUUUCAUACCUAUUUUUCUGGGAGUAUGAAUGCAACUGGAGGGCACUAAAAGCCAAUUGAGCACAAAUUCUUAUUUAUAUAAUGACCUGGAGAAUGAAUUGGAGCAAAAUCCGUUAAGUGUCUUGCUCAAGGGUGACACAGCAACAUCCCACCCAGACCCAGAACCACCGGGUCCUCCUGUCAAGAGCCCAGCUCUCUAAACUCUUCUCCAUAAUACUGCUUGUCUUGUGGGACAGUACAAUAAAUUAAUCUGUAUCCUUCCUACAUUUUGUAGUUCUGAAAAUAUCUUUGAGUGACAGGCGUAGAGAUUUUAUAUACCAUCAUGAGCAGUGAGGAGAAGGUGUCUGAUUGGCAGUUUAAUAAAUAUCAGACCCAUGUUAAGAUAAACAUAUGUUUUUCUCUGGAAACACAGUCAAAGGGGAAUUGUUAAAUAGAAAUGGGACAAAAAGGAGGAUUACUAGUAAGUUUAUUAUUUGUGUGAAGUGUGUUAUAUGAAUUUGCAUAUUGUUCGCUUGGUAUUUUUUUUGCUUCCAGAAGUAGAAACAUUUAGGCAACCUACCAUCAUUGUACAAAUACUGCCAGUUCUAUACAACCUAUUAUGAGGUGAAGUUUUAUUGUCUUGCAUAAAACUAUAGUGAAGUUCCUUUCAAUAACUUCCUUUUAACUAUAUAAUUAACCUUGAAUAGUUUAUGUUACUGUAAAAUUACAAAAAUACAAAUAAUACAAAGAGGAAGAAUCUGUCCUUGUAAAUUAAGAUACAUCUACAUGUCUUCUUUGAAUAAAAUGAAAAUUAAGGAAGCAAUGAUUAAGCUUUUUAUUUAUCUAACGGUUGCAUGUUGUGUACUGUUUUCACAGCUUUUUGAUGAUUGAAACUACUAAAAUUGUUUGUUUUUUUAAUCUGUAGCACUAUACAUGUUCUACUCAAUGCUAUUUCACUUGAAUAUUUUCUUCGGUUUAAUUUAUAGUUUUCUUCUUUCAACCUUGCAGUUGGCAAUGAACUAGUGCUUUAAACACACAUUGUGAGUCAUUCAGUCUUAAGCAUGAUUAUUUCUAAAGUAUAAUAAUACUUAAGCAAAAACCCAUACCUGUAUUUACCGAAUGUUGAAAAAGAAUCUUAGAUUUUAAUUACUUUAUCAGAUGCUUUGUUUAUUUCUGAUUAAAAACAUAGGCCCAGAUUUAUCCAGGUGUCCCUUUUACAAAACAUUAAAGCCUUUUUUGCAUUUUAUGUACAUCUGGGCACUAGUGUGCAGUAAUGUUAAGGAUUUUAAUCUUCAGAGAGGGCCAUCAUAUUUAAAUCAUUGGUGGGAAAACUACUGUUGUAUCCCUGAACAAGGUAUUGUUCUUUGAUUUGCUGUUGAAAAGACCUUGCAGUAUAAUCUUUUAUUUUCCAAAAAGGUUGUGCAAAAUGAAAAUUUGUUCUCUGUUGACAUAUCUGCUUAAAGAAUGGAUUAAAUUGAAACAGUAUUCUAAUUUUAGAAAAUCA